CAGCGGGACAGAUGCUUCUCAGGCAAAUGCUGCCUUCACUGCAGGAAGUCUAAGCGAAGCAGCACUGCGCAUGCUAUCGCACUUCUCUGACGACCGGAGGAUGAAUUAUCCCCUGCUGUAAAACGCUCCGAGGAGAGAGGUGAUGGCGGGUGCUCAGGUCACCGUGUCUUCAGGGGAGCUCAUGACUGCGAGGGAAGAGGAGGGAGAGUACAGCGGUACUGAGCAAAAAUCUCAAGUCCUCCUGCACCUGCAGCCAGUCCUGCAUGGGAUGAAUGAUGACAUUGCAGACACUGGCACUACAGUCCUGGCCAUAGAGACGCAUCAUGAUGACAGUAAAGCAGAUGGAGAUGAGGUCGAGUAUGGCUACCCCAUCACUUGCGGGGACAGCAGGGCGGUGCUGCUGUUUAAGAAGUUUGUGUGCCCCGGAAUCAACGUCAGAUGCGUCAAAUUCAAUGACGAGCUCAUCAGUCCUAAGCAGUUUGUGCAUCUGGCAGGGAAAGCUACUCUAAAGGACUGGAAAAGAGCCAUCAGGCUGGGAGGAGUAAUGCUCAGGAAAAUGAUGGACUCCGGCCAGAUAGAUUUCUACCAGCAUGACACCCUGUGCAGCAACACCUGCCACAGCACUAAAUUUGAUGUGCUGAUCAACAGAACGCGGCUUCCUCCUGGGAACUCGGUGCAGCCGAGCCUGUCGUGUCUGGCUCUUGACCCUGUUGGAGGGCAGGUGUCUCCCGUGACAGAAGACGCACAUAAGGCGGCAGAGGUGGAGGAGAGUUUGCAGGAUAGGAUUAGUGCAGCAGCAGAGUGGAGCAACGGUCCACGGAGGUUUCUAAACCCUGUAACAGCCAAUGGACAUGCUACCAAAAGAAAGAUGGCUGACGUACCUGAUGGGGUGUUGACUUUGUGGAAGGGUGUGGCAGACUGCGGGAUGAUGGGGGAGGUCCUAUCCAGCCUCCAGAAUGAACUGUUCAGCACUUUUAAGCGGGUGGAGCUUCACAGUGAAAACGGAAACCUGCAGGAAACAGAUGUCAUGCUGCUUAAUUCCUUGUGCGAGAUGUUUGGGCUUUUGGAUUCGGUGAAACAAGCCACGGACCUGAGGCGCAGCCAGACUGAAAAGAAAAAGAUCCAUAACAGUGUUUAUGACUUUGAUGAGCUCUCGGAGGACAAGGGGAAGCAGAGCUGUGAUAAAGGGACAUCUAAAAAAGCCUCAUCACUAAAACACCCUCGAACUCAGCGUAAAAGCCAGACGAGCAGCCAUCCCCAGAACUCGCUGCCCUCUGUCAAAUCAGCCACAGCGAUCCAGUCUCAUUCUAUCACAGGUUUAUGUGCUGCAUCUUACCCUCAUCUCACAAUAAACCCUCAGCUCUUUGCCCAUUUCUCUGCCUACACCAGCCAGCGUUGUCAUGCUGGAACUGGCAGGACAGACAGGGAUGUCCACAGUGCCACGCUGGAGGGGGACCGAGAGAUCAGUGAGGCAGACGACCAGGAGAAGUUUCACGGACUGGGACGGGAAGGCAACAAGAGAAAAGACACCUCAGGGAUCCACAAAGAACCUGGACGAGGGAGUGUAAAGUUUUGGGAGGGAUCUCAUGUUAGAAGGGAGGAGGACGAGGCGACAGAAGGCUUGCAUGACAUUGAAAAGGUGAUUAUGGGGAGAAAGGCAUCAAAGAAACAUAAAAGUAAGUGAGGCAGACGACCCCAGAGGGAUUCUGUGGGACUAAUUGAGGGAAUGUGCCGGGAACUGAAAGAAGACACGGAGCGGGGGAAACAAUUAAAAACAAUAUGACUUUGUCAAACUCUACUUUUACCACAGUGAUCAUAUGCAGUACAGACAGCGGUUAGUGGGGUUGUGUUCUCACACAGACACUUUUUUAAAUGGAAAUGCUGGAUUUUACAGCAUCAGAGGCAAUACAACUGAAAUGACUCGUCGAUUAAGUGACCGACUGCCCAAAACCAUUGUUCGAGUCAUUAUGGGUGUCAUAAUAUGCCCUAUUUUGCAAUACGAAGAUGCAACUCUACGGGGAUUUUUUCUUUUUUUUUACUGCUUUUUGAGAUUUUUUAUGACACCAGCACUUAACAGAGAAAAUAACUGACAUUUCAGGUGACAAUGAAAGUGUGCUGGUCUGGUUGUUGUGUAGUAUUAUCACCCACAUAGUAUCAUUGUUUCCAAUCCUUUACAAGUCUGCUGUCUUUGAUGACACUCUCUUCCUCUAGCUGAACACUGUCACCAAUUAAUGAUAGAUUUUUUUUUUAGCUACUUGUAAAAUACUUAUUUUAUUACUUGUGUUUUGCGAUUUAUAUCUUUUAAUUUUGUGAAAUAUUUCUCACUCAGGCUGUGAUUAGGAUUUGACCACCUGCAGACACUUCCUGCCUGAAGAUGUAUGGCUCCUAGUUUCUAAUCACUCCCUUUAGACGGGAACUGGGUAACUAUCCCCUUGCUAGUUAAAAAUAAGAAGGGAAAAAUAGCCAUCAAAAUGACCUUGAGUGAUAAUGAAUGCAUUUUGAAUAAAAACCUUCGCAUUUUGAAUUCUUAACAGUAGCAGCGUGUGAGUUUUCUUCAAGCGCUAACUUCACACCACUCAAUUUACUGAUCCUUUUAAAAGUUGGGGCAUUGAUGGAAAUUGGAAAACGUUGGUGGCUAAUCUACUGACCGUACAGGCAGGAAGCCAAUAAACUGCGUACAGAGGUCAUUGUUUAUUCAAAGUUUCCCUGCUGGUUUUAAUCUCAGCGGCUUCAUUCAUCUCAUUACUUCUCACAGUCAGAUUGUUCUAACGUCUCACGCGGACACCUGUUACCUUACUGACCUCUGCACAACAGAAACGAGUGUAUUUGAACAGCUAAUCAGCCUGCAGAGGAGGAAACACUGCUGCUGUGAGUUCCCUUAUCACUGUGUUGGACUUGCAGUCACAUGAGAGUUGCUGUUUCUUUUAGUCAGCCGG